GUCUUCCACCACCCUCACGUCACACCCCCUCAAGAAAAUAUCCCAACUGCUGCAGCCAAUUCUCAACUCUGCUCUCACAAAUUCCCAUUACCGAACCAUUUUGUGACGGACCACAGACAGCCUCCUUCCGCCAUUUCCCAGACCGGUCGUUUGGAUUUCUGCACCACAUCGCGCCGACAGUAGACUCGUUCACUCGCACCGUGGACCAGCCCAGAUUAUCAGCCCAAGGAAUUCACCAGGCGCCGCCCCAGGAUACCUAACCGAGACUCGGUUCAGUGAGACACAGGCCGCAAUCAUGGAUGUCGCAGAUACCACUCCCGCUCCCGAACGCAAACAGCGCAAAUCCGUCGCCUUUACAGACGAACAAGUAGUAGUCGACGUCGACGGCUCAGUCACGAUGGUCAACGCCACCGAGGAACCCAAGGAGACAGCCCAGUCGCACACGCCCCGUACGCCACCGCUUACCGCAGCCCUUGAAGCCUUACAUGCUGAUGCCAAUUCUCAAGCUGGAGCCGAAGAUGCGACGGCCCCUGUCCCCGAUGUUGCUGAAGAUGGCGGCCUCGACCUGUCAAUGAAGAAAAAGAAGAAGAAGAAGGUUCCCAAGGAAGGUGACGACGCCGAGGAGGCUGCCGCUGGCGAGGAUGGUCUCGACCUGACGAUGAAGAAGAAGAAGAAGAAGAGCACCAAGAAGGCUGCCGAGGGCGGCGAGGAUGACGAGUUCACCGCCAAGCUCAAGGCCCUUGAGCUCGAGGGCAAGGAGGACGGCGCCGAGGCCGAGGGCGCCGCCGACGAUGGCGACAUGGACCAAGGCACCGGUAUCUGGCAGCACGACGAGACCAAGGCCCUCAGCUACAGCCUGCUCCUGAACCGCUUCUUCCACCAGCUGUCUCAGAAGAACCCCGACCACGCCCUCAGCGGCUCCAAGAGCUACAAGAUUCCGCCCCCGCAGUGCAUGCGCGAAGGCAACAAGAAGACCAUUUUCGCCAACAUUGCCGAGAUUUGCAAGCGCAUGAAGAGAACCGAGGAGCACGUCACGGCCUACCUCUUCUCCGAGUUGGGUACCAGUGGUUCCGUCGACGGAAGCAGACGCCUUGUUAUCAAGGGUCGUUUCCAGCAGAAGCAACUCGAGAACGUGCUGCGCAAGUACAUUAUCGAGUACGUCACCUGCAAGACCUGCAAGUCCGCCGACACCGAGCUGUCCAAGGGAGAGAACCGUCUGUACUUCAUUACUUGCAACUCUUGCGGUUCGAGACGUUCCGUCACCGCCAUCAAGACUGGUUUCUCCGCCCAGAUCGGAAAGAGAAGAAAGAUGCAGGGUUAAGCGACGACAACCAAAUCACGACCCCACGGACCAGAAACGAGAAAAGAGUUGGAGAGGUGUUUCUUCUGCGCUAUUUACGUCCUUUAGCGUACUCUUGUCUUGUAGAUAUGACUUUCGCUGGCCCAGGCAGUGUGCACUGCGGCAUUCACGGCUGCGGCGCUCCGGGUGGCCAAUGGAUUGAUGGCACAAUAGAGAAAAUUGGCGUUUCCACCCUCAAAAUUUGGUACGGUAGUCGGGCAGUAAUGUCAAAUCUUUUGAUGAUCUUCG